ACAGCCAAAAAUUAAGAGUACUAAGAAACAGCAGUAAAAUCUCAUUAUAAAGCAGCUAGUUCUAAUUUGAGUGUAUAACAAAUUGAAUCAUUUAAAAAAAAAAAACCCUGAUACAAUAAGUCCCCAUUUUGGGAGGUUUGUAAGUUGGAUUCCUUCAUAAGGCUGACAAAGUGAAUCUUACACACUUUUGACAUAAAAAUACAGUGUGAAACAUAAGAAAAACAUAAAUAUAUAUAAAUAUAGUAAAGUUCUGGACUGUUCUGAACUGUUCUCUACAGCAGUACACUAACACGCUGUAUGGUAACCACACAGCAGCACAACUGUGACAAUGUCCAGCAGACAUGUGAACCACUUCCCUGAUUUGUUAUCUGGGUGUGGUAGCACAUACCUGUAAUCCCAGCUGCUUGGAAGGCUGAUGCAAGAGGUUUAUGAGUUCAAGGCAACUUAGUAAGACCUCAAAAAAUAAAAAGGAAGUCUGGGGAAUAUCUCAGUGCUUGCCUAUUGAGUGCUUGCCUAGCAUGCACAAGGUCCUGGCUUGAUCCUCAGUACAUAAAAACAAACUUAUUUAGGUGCAAAAUCCUGACUUUCAACUAUGUUUACUUGUAACACUUUGGGUUAUUACUUUUAAUUAAUUCAUUUUAUGCCAUUAUAUUUUUAUACUGUUCAAAUAUUCUUCUGUAUAAAGAAUCCAUAAAUAGGAACAAAGCCACAGCCCUCAUGACAAUAUGAUUUGGAAAACAGAAUUUCUGCAGUGUUAAAGUCAGACUGAGUAUGGAAUACACCUUGAGACUGACACAAUUUAGAGCAGUUUGUUGAUUGUGCAAUUCAAAUACCACCACCCACAGUCAAUUGUUGAAUAAAACAGUUCUAUACUUCACUUACAAAGGUAUUUGCAUCCUCAAGUGAUAGGUAAGACUACAGCCAAUUCUUUAAAAAUCUUUAUUUCUGUUGGGAGUACAGACAGCAUGAAAGCUCAGGGUAAAACAUUUUAGAUGUUUUGAGCAGAAAGGAGAAAUGAACCCAGAGUUUAAUUUUCCAAGUUAGUUUGUGCCUCAUACAAUAGCUCUGUUAUUAAAAAUGAAGUGAUAUGUUCACAACUUUGUGCCAUGUUAUACAGAAAUCACUGCUGCCCUAUGAGUCACAACUCAUAAUUAGCAAUAGCUAAUUCACUUUUAUUUCCAUGGCUUUGUUUUUACCUUCUUGGAUUAGGCAUAGAUAUAACUAGGUUAAGUGCUUACCCACCCUCCCCUCCUGUUUGCUUAGAAAGCUUCCUGUUAACUACAGUGUAGUUAGAGCUUAUUUCCUACUGAGCAAAUAAUUGUUUGUUUGCAUCUCACCAGAUGUGAAAGGUGCUCAUUUAUAAACCCAGAACAAAUUACAUUUUAGAAAACAUUAAUACUAUGUGAGGAUAUAAAAGAGGUCAUUUAUUUGCAUGCUUGAAUAUUCUGUAUUACCAUUUUCACUCUAGAAAAUUGAAACCAAUUUGACUUCUUUUAAAUGGAAAAUCAGGGGAAAGGUGCUUGCGCUAAUUGUAUUGGUCACUUUACCAACUUCCUCGCAAAUUUGGCACCUUCAUAAAAUAUUCCCAUUCCCUGAUGAUUGAUGAUUACCAGAGAGAUGAUUUGUUUUUUAAUGAUCUAUAAACAGGAACCCAGAUGUCAUUUAUUUUAAUAGAAGUAGUUCAUAUGUAACAAUUUAGACCUAAGGUAGAAUUCCAGGACAAUCUGGGAUUUCCUUACACAAGGAAUGUUCUUGUUACACUAAAGAGAGAUGUGAGUGAAAGAAACUUCAGUACACAGUGCAUGGAAAUUUUGAGAGCCUAUAAAAAUUACAUUCUACUAUUAUGCCAGCACAUUCUAAAUUUAGCCAAUGCUUAGGCAAUGCUCCUAAGUGUGUAUAACUUACUUUAAGGCUUUCUUAUGAAAGCCUUAAAUAUGGGUUCCAUAUUACUUUGCUUUUGAAAGCUAUUUAUCACAAAUUUAAAUUUAAGUGACAGGACACUCUUGUGGUUUAUGCUGUACUACUGGUUAAGCAUUCAUACAAUACUGAUAUUUCAAGAAGAAUCAGUUAUAAUUGGAAUUGGCAACUGUGUGGCAGAUCUACCUGUGUCUUAACAUUUUACUUCAUUUCAUAGAAUGAUGUAACUAGUUUGACCACUUUGCCUUUUUUUCAUUGUCUAAAAUGACAGCUUAUUCACUGAGCUCUAAUCAUUGCCAGUAUCAAAAAUCUGGUCAAAUAUACUUAAAACCCUUUAUGGCAGGAACUGUAAAAUGAAAAAAAAAAAGAAUGAGGUCAUCAUGAUCCAUCAGACUGAAAAAUGUCAAUGCUGUAUUUGUUUUUCUUAUUUUAUUCUUGAGACAGGAUCUUCUUAUAUAGUUUGGGCUGCACUUGAACUCUAGAUCCUCCAAUCUCAGUUCCUGAAGUGCUAGAAUUAUGGGUGCGAACUUACAUGCCAGGCUUCAGUGCUGAUUUGUUUAGAGUUGGAAUUUCUUUGGGUGGGGGGGGCGGCGCGGAGAUGAACCCAGGGCCUUCUGCAUCCUCAGCCUUUUUUAUUUUUUUGACACAGGGUUCCAUUAAGUUGCUCAAGCAAGGCCUGAACUUGCAAUCUUCUCAGCCACCCGAAGUGACAGUGGUGGUUUUUUUAAGGAAACUAUAGAACAACACAGAGACAGACCUUGCCUGUUUGCAGUGGGAGGGUUGCUGUUGUUGCUGAGGUCUGUAUGAGCAUACCACCAGACUUAACCUUUUCUCCAAAACUGUCAGCCCAUUCAACCUUAUAUAAUGAUACUGCUUCACCUGAAAGUCACACUAAAGAUAAAACUCUGGCUUUGACUACAUUCUUUUCUUUUAAGUGUUAAAUCUUAACAGUAUUGAAGGAAAAGUGGAAAAACUGUGAAGGAUAACAAGUUUCAUCAUGUCUUUUCUCUGACAGGCUAUCACAGCAACUAGGGAGGAAACAGCACUAGAACAACUAGGGAGGAAAAAUAUUGUUAGCUACAGAAUUUCUGCUGCUAUUGAUGUCCAGGGAACUAUUUGGAGUAAAAGCUAAAGCAGUAUUGACUCAUUUUAAUGCACUGUAAAUAUGUAAUUAUCAUUAAAUACAGCAAAUUCCAGCCUGUUUUGAUGGGCAGCUAGUAUAGAAAAGAUUGAUCCUCAAAUUAUCAUAUUAUUUAUCAUCAUAUUUUUUAACACUAGAAAAUCCUAAAACCCAAAUCAAAAAAUUAAAUUAUAGGUCUGCAAAGUAUCCUAAAUCCCUCCCAUUCUCUUCAGCUCAGCAGCUAUCAGGAUGAUGGCACUAAGUACCUGUUAUGUUCUGUGCUCUGCUCAUUGUGACCUGCUUUAAUGCUGUGAAGUGUUGAUACUGGAACUAGAUUUAGUCCUUAGUAACAGGAAUUUUCACAGAAUUGUCGUACAGCUUCCAAAACUUUUCUGGCAAUGUCAAAUCUAAAGUUGCAGCAAAACACAUUAGAGAAAUCUUUUAAACAUAUGAAGAUAGUUCUGUGUAAAUAUUCAUUCUGAGAUCAUCUGCACCUGUGAGAAAAUUUAUUAUAAUAUCAAAGGCCUUCUGAUCAAAGGUUGGCAAACUAUAGCUCCAAUAGCAAAUCCAGUCUACAGUUGUGUAGUCUACAAAUGGAACCUACAUUUUGAAAGUAUUGUAUAAACAAACAAGAAGAAUGUGAGCUAGAAAUUACAUAUUCUCAGGCUCUGGCUCUGAGAAUUUGCUUCCCCUGCUCUAGACCAUCAGCAAAUACUAUGUGUAAGUAUAGUAGUCACAUUUCUCUGCAAGAUGAUUCUAGUGUGCAUUUGUCAGAAGGAAAAUAUUUCAUAAGGUUUCCCUCAGUUCUUUGUUAGUGUAAUCAUAGGACUGUUUAAUAUUCAUGCUGUAAAACUAUUUUUCACAUCAGUUUUACUGGAUUGGUAACAGCCUACUUCAGAACACCUAAACCUCUAAGAAAACAUUACUGUGAGCAAAGUCCAUGGUUUUGUUUUCAUUAUAAAAAAAUUCUGUUUUAUACUGUGAAAUCUGAAAUGCUAAUUACAUUCCACUUUUGUUUUGGCUAUAUGUAUAUUUUUAUGUCCUUAAACAGCUGUGUGGGAAUUGUCAAGGCUAAAUAUACUACGUUGGUCAUGUACACUUUUCUCCCCUAAAAGAAAAAGGUCCAUGUCUUUUGCAUAAUUAGUUCUGGUUUCUUUGGGGGGCUUUUCUUUUUAGAGCUGACUCAUUCAUACUACUGAAUAAGUUGACUCUUUUAAGAAAAUAGAGGCCAUUUAUCAAUUCCUGUUUAACAUAUUGAUUGGGAAUUUCUAUACUUUUAAUAUUUCUGAGUCACUUAUGACCAACAGGUAAUCUAUUCAAGCUGUGUUUUCUAGUUUCAUAUUUUUGCAGAUGUUUUAUCUACUAGCAAUUAUGUAAUAAACAUAGAUUGUACUGAAACUGUACAAGAAAGUAACCAUUCUCAGGUAAUAUCAAAUCUGCUUAUUCACUUUUUAUAUUUAAUUUGCCUAUGUCAUACUCAUUUUUAUAGAAAAAAGAAUAGUGGGCUGGGGAUUUAGUUCAGUGUAAUAAGCACCUGCCUGGCAAGUGCGAGGUGGUGAGUUUGUUCCCCGGUACCACAAAAAAAAAAAAGUAUAUUUUUAUCUAAUCUACAAUAAUUUAGGCUAUAUUUCAGCAUUCAAUAACUAUUGUAGGGAAAAUAUUAAAUGAUAUUAUCUUGAUUAAAACUUGUAAUAUUUUACCCCUGCUUUAUAUCUAACAUAUCUAUGCAUAUAAAAGGCAGGCUGCUUGUAUGAUGGUACAGUUUGUGCCCUGCACAGAGGCACAAAAUGUAAGGAAGAGUUAAAAUCCGGUGUGUGGCAGACUUGGUGGCACACACCUGUAAUCCCAACACUCAGAAGACUGAGACAGGAGGAUCAUUGCAAGUUCAAGACCAGCCUGGGCUACAAAGUGAGUACAAGGCCUGCCUCAACUGCAUAGCAAGACCCUGUCUCAAAAAGACCAAAAAAAUAAAAUAAAAUAAAAUCUAGUGUGUGCUCGACUUGACAGAAUAAUGCCAAAGUACAUGCCCUGGGAAGGCUGCGGCUCAGAGACAAACCUUUUGCUGAUUUGCUUAGGGGAAGAAUACUGGCUAGCAGUGACCCUUCUCAUGGAGAAGACAUGUAGUAAUUAGUGUGGGUAGUUGCCACUGGACUCCUGAUAUCUCCUUUCUACUCCAAUCCUGGGUAAGCUACAAGGCUAAAAGACUGUAACUUUGCAAUUCAUUAAACCUCUGUGAUCUUUGAAUAUAUAUCAUCCUCAACUCUAGGAGCUCUGGACUAAACACAUGAUCCUUCCAGCUUUAUACCAUAAAGCAGGGCAGAACUGAAAUAGAAAAGUACUGUGUAAGCCAUAUGUAUCUGUGGUUUCCAUCUUUGACAAUUACAUAAAUCAUGUACAAAUUUGAAUUUCCUACAUCUUGCCAUCUAGUUUGCUAAACCACAGCUUUUCAAAUAUUAGCUUUCCUAACUCCUGGUGGAGUGGGUAGUUUCAGUCACUGAUGACCAACCAUAUAAUUGAUCCACCAGUUCAUCCCUCCUUUGUGUGUCAGGGAAGAGAACAGGGCGGAUCUGUCAACAGAUGGAGCCUGACAAAGAGUUGAACCAGGAAUUCUUCCUUGACUAACCAAACCCAGAAGUAAAUUUGCAAAGCAGUUGGCUGUGCUUUGUGUAUAAGAACCUGGGAUUUAGAAGUGCUUUAAAUACACUCUGAACAGUACACACCUUUCUAUAACCCCUUUACACACACACCUACAAAUAGGCACCUGUUGUUUGAUUUAGCCAAUUUAAUGAGCUCACUCUGGGCCUCUUCCUAGCACAGUCUCGGGUGCCCUACUCCACCCUUCCCUUUGGCUGGAUUAAAUCUAUCUACAAAGGUUCUAUUUACGUAAGAGAGAAAGCAAGAUCUGUCUCACUUGGUUGGGUGGCCUCACCAUAGCUGCAGCCAUGUUAGUGCAACUAAAGAUGCUCACAAAAGAGAAACUGCACAACUGCUUCAGAAAGUGGCAAGAAUGGUGAACUGUGUAUGUUCAAAGCAAGGGGGGUAGUAUUUUGAGGGGAAUUAAGGGCAAUGUGUCUUUAGUGUAAUAAAAUUAUUUUAGGUAUUCAUGAUACUUUUCAUCACUCCUUGUAUCUAAUAAAUACCUGUGUCAAUUACAUUUGGGAUGUCAAGGAGGAAAGGAGUAGAGAACUCUAACGAGUGUACACCGGGCCCUGAACUAGGGAAAAAAGAUGAGAAUCUGUGUCAGGAACUGAAGGAUGAGAGGAAUUAGGGUUGGAAAAAAACAUCCAGUUACAGCACAGGAAGCAAGAGGAGAGUGCCUAGGAAUUGAGUCAUAUAUUGUUUUGAAAACCAUGUGAAGAACUUGAAUUUGGGAAGCUCUGGAAAGACUGGAAAGUGAAUUAAAGGAAGCCAGUGUGAAUGUAAAGAAACCAGAUAGGAGAAUAGUAGUCCCAGUGAAAGACAAUGGAUAGUUUCAAAUGAAAACUCAAAUAUAUCAGAGUUACUUGGGAAAAGUAAGCUUGGAACUUACUGAGCUCUUGAUAGAACUUAAAAAUACUAAACAUGGAUCUGGCCCUCAGCUGAGAUAUAGGCUGAAGACAUAAAAUUAAAAAUUGUGGGGGACUGGGGAUUUAGCUCAGCGGCAUAAGCGCCUGCCUUGCAAACAUGCAGUCGUGAGUUUGAUCCCUGGUACCGAUUAAAAGGAAAAAGACAAAAAACAAAAUUAAAAAUUGUGAACAUACCUAAAAAUGGAAGUAGGUACAUGGAAGAAACGAUCUCAGGUGAAGUCCAAGAAGUCAAACCAUUUAAGGAUUAGGUAGAAGAAUUGUGAAGAACCAGGAUACUCAUUCCAAAAAGAAUUAGCCAUCAGUGGAGGAGGAAUCCUAAGUGAUAGCCUGAGUUCCUGUACCUCAGGGUCUGUGGGUUCAGGAGUGAGCUUAUUGUGGCUGUUAACAGAGGUAACUGUGUGAUAUGAGGGACAAGGACAGAAGCCCCGAUACUACAUAGCCCAGAAGAGCAGGCUCUAGGCUACAACCCACUCACAUUAAUCCUAGCAGGGUACUGACUGACACACACAUCUUCUCAUUCUUGGAUGUCUGAAGACCUGGGUUAGUAUCCUGGUCCUCCACUGAAAAGUUAUAGAGUGGUUAUGACCAUGCAAGUAAAUUUGGACUCUACAUCUGUGAAAUACAGGGUUUUCAUAAAUGCUUGAUAUAGGAUAGCAUGAAUCUAAUUAUAAUAGUGUCUAAACAGGAUCCUUCCUGCAAGAAUGCCUAGCCUGGGCCUGCCAGGCAUGUCUCAAAACCUCUGGAUCUGCUUGAGGAGUCAGCCUGUCUUCUGGAUCCCUCUUACUAACCCGUGCAACCUGAAGCAACUUUUCUUCCCUUCCGUUUCCUUUCUUCUGUGCCUACAAAACCUGUUUUGGAUGUGGAGAUAAGAUCUUUCUUAUCCCACAUUUAUUUUUCAGACUAAGGUGCCAGAAAUUGGACCAAGACUUUUUACUCACUAUAAAGGAGACACUUGAAAAGCAGGAUUGCUUUAAUUAUGCCUCUGAACAGUCCAGUACACAACUUUCCAAAACCACUGUUUUCGAGCGCGCACACACACACCAUUUAAGUUCCUCUCUGACCACUCAGAAAUUUCCUAAAGAGGGCACAGCUGUCUCUCCUAGUCUUCAUUACAUUCCAGUGGCCUUAUCUCUACUGAAUUUUCUUAGCACUUCAUUUCAUCCCUGAAUUUCCCAAAGCAUUUCUACUGUGGAGAAAAUAUGUUUUAGGGGGAUUAAAGAUGAUUUAAAAUUCAGUCAGUCAUCCAGGCAGCCUUUGGUAGUGUCUGCUGUGUGCCAGGUUCCAGCCUCUCACAUAUGAGUAGGAUCUAGUUUGAGGAGGAAUGUUAUCCAAUCCCUCCCUGAGUCUGCUCUCUGAAUUGCUCUGGAUUUAAUUGGUGCUCUCAGCCUUCUUCAUCUUCACCCACUAUGAAUAGGUCUUCAGACUUCAUCCUUUAGACACAUUUUACUAUGUGAAAUCUACAGUUGACCCCUACUUUCCCUCCCCUCACCUCCUUACCUCUCAUUCUUCUCACCUGAACCCCCUUAAGUACGGUGAGACUGAGACAUGAACAUUCUCAAUAGAGAAUAGCCAAUAUAUAACUGCUCACUCCCUGCCCAGUCAGACCUUGGCCACAGCUCUCCACUGGCCUACCUCCACCCUAAGUCCUGGCCUCCAGUGGACUUUUUUAUCCUCAGAGAUUGAGACCAUGGUCUUCACACCAAUCUACAUCUCCAGCCCUUUUUUUAAAGAUAGGAGCUUGUUAGGUCUCUGAGUUGCUCAGGCUGGACUCAAACUUUUGGUCCUGCCUUAGUCUUCCAAAAUGCUGGGAUUACAGGCAUGCAUCAGCACAUUCAGCAACAAUGGACUCAAAAAUAGAGAAUUUUCAAAAGAUCAAUUAAAUCUCUGGGUAUGAAAUUCAUGGCACUUCUAAAUUUAUCUUUGCACCUUUACUCCCAGUGGAUAUCCCUCAAACUAUACUAAAACUUGAAUGUUUCCCAGACACAUCAUUUCUUUCUUCUCUGUACUCAGCUCUACAUGCCUUCACACUCUUUACACCUUUUGCCUGAUAGGAAAACUUACCAUCUUCAAAAUCCAUGUGAUAGGGUAAAUGUGGCCAUGAAUCUUUGGAACUAGUCCUCACCCUUGGCAUCUGGGGUGGCCUUGUGAUACUUUGACCAACAAAAUAUAGUAUAUAUAGAUAGAACAAUUGUAGGCCAUGGGACUGGCCCCCUCCACUCCCCUUAGGACCAUUCCUACUCACCAGAAUCUGGGCAAGUGCCCUCAGGCUUACCCACAGGUGGUAGAGACAAGGAAGGGCAACAAGGAUCCUAAACCCACUCAGGAAAAUUCUAACACUUCCAAAACAAGAUGCAUGCAGACUAGACCUCACUGCAUGACCUAGAAUAACCUUAUUUUCUCUGGUGCUCACUGAGUCCCUGUAUAUGGACUACGUUUUAUAUAUAUAUAUAUACACACACACACACACACACUCAGGGACAUCAGUCCCUGUAUAUGGACUGCAUCUUAUAUAUUUACAACUAUAACAGUGAAUUAUGGGAAAAGAUGUGCCAAAAAGACACAGUAAACAUGACUCAGCCCUGUUGAUCGUGCUGUGGAGGUAAAACAGGUGGGAGAUUAAACCUAUACACCCUAUAUUCUCGGCACCCAUGCCAUUUUCCUUUCACUGGCACAUGCCCACUCACUCUGAGCAUAUUUUCAACUUAAACUUUGCUGCUGUACGUUGUCAUUAUGUGCUAUGUCUAGUUCUUUGUGGCACACAAGAACCAGGAACACAUCCCCAGACCCCAUAACCCAAGGUAACAGUAGAAAUGAUGUUAUACAAAUUCUGCAGCCCAGGCCUCACCACCUUGGAAACCUGAGAUCACCAUUCUAUGAAGCAGCCCAGGAUGACAGCAGAGGCUUAGGAUCCCCAACUAUCCCAGCUGGAGCCAGCCCUGACUUACCACUAGUGCCACAUGAGCAAGUCCGGGGGGAUUUAUCACUGGGCUGGGCUGUAAGGGGUUCCCAAAGAGUGAUGAAGAACCUAAACCCAUUCGAUCUGUGGAAUAGGUUGUAAGUUCACUGACUUCCAUCAUGGAGAAACAAUUUUAAGGAUGUGUCAGUAAGAGGCUGAAAGGGAUUAUUACUUUCCCUUUUUGUAGAAGCAGGGAACAGGGUCUCACUAUGUAGUUUAGGCUGGUCUUGAACUCACUGUUUCCCACACUGGCCUCAAGCUUGUUACUGUUACCCAGCCUCCCAAAUGCUGGGGUUACAUGUGUGUGCCACCGUGCCUGGCUUUAGCCAGAAUUUUAGAAGUAGAUACUUGAUAUCGAGUAUGGGCCCUCAAAAGAGGUGUGUCAUAAUCUGGGCCCCAGUAAAUUUAUGGGAGAUUUGGGGGUGAAUCUAUAGAACUAGUGAAUCUAUGGAAAUGGGAUUCAAUUUACUGAUGAAGGGUGAUAACUCUUGGUGGAAGAGAGGUGAUGAUCUGAUCAUAAGGAAAGUAUAGGUGAUAACAGCCAUACCCACCCAGAGGACUAUUCACAGAUGAAAGAACAAGGAGAAUGACCAAAGUCCUUUGUAAAUGAAAGGGAAUUGCCCAGGGGGUGUUAUGUUUUAUACCUAGAAGUCCUUCCCAAAUCCCAUGUGCUCACAGAUGGGGCUUUUGGAAGGUGACUGGUUUCGUGGGAUGUGAUACUCCUUGGUGGACUAACCACCGAUGAAUUUAUAGCUAGAUGUGAUUUGGGAGGUGAAGCCUGGUUGAAGGAGGUGGAUCACUGGGGCAUGGUAGGGUCUAUCUCUUUCCUACUUGCCUGCUAUACUAUGAGCAGUUCUCCACUGCCAUGCCUUGGAGCCAGCUGACUGGACUAGAACCUCUAUGAACUGUAAGCCAAAAUAAACCUUUCCUCUUUUAUGUUUUGGGUGUUGGGUAUUGUGUUCAGCAACAUAAACGUAACAGACAUCAGGCUUAUUGUUUCUUGGGAGAAAAAAGUUUUUAAAUGGCUUGUAUACCUGAAUGUUCAGUUUUAUUUUUAAAAUUAUGGUUUUCCUUGUCUCCUUUUUAGCUAUCUUUAUUUUUUCCUAUCCUUUCUCAGAGACAGCACAAAAAUCUCCCAAAUCACCCACAGAAUCUUGAGAAAUAAUGAAUGGUGAAUGUUUUAAGCCAUUAAAUUGUGGAAUUCCUCAUUCCCAGCAGUGGAUACCUAAUACAGUGCAGUUCUAAUGUGAAGUCCCCGUGGUUCACUCACAUUCCCGUCUCCAAUAUCCCUCUCUCUUUCCUGUCCACAUCAUAUCAUUUUAUAGUCCAAUUUAUCUCUGCAUCCUGACCACUCACAGAAGUAUGAUGAAACUCUUGGCUGCCAAAUUAAGCAUACUUGGAGAUGGGGGUGUAGCUCAAUAUGCAUGAGCAUUUAUCUAGUACAUAAGGCCAUCCCGGGUACUGGAGAUAGAAGAAGCACUCCUAUGUGAAUGUCUUACAUAAAGUUUAUUCAACAAAAGACUUUAAAUCAUGCCUUAUAUUAACAGAACAGGUCCUAAAUUAGGAGUAGUUCUCAAUCUAGCAAGGAAACUCAAUCACUCCUGAGCAAUAUUGAAUGUUUCAAUCCAGUUGUGUCUAUAUUACUUGAAAAAGCACACAUCAGUUAAGUAAGUAGCAGGGUCAGAGUGUCCUAGAAGAAACUACCACAGUACUUAAGUAAGUUGUGUUGGCUAAGGAAACAGGGCUGCCCUCCCUGUCUUUGCCUUACCCCUGAGGAGGAGGAGUAAAAGCAUGGAUUGGCCAAAUGCAAGAAUACUGAACUAGCCACAAUCUGGGAAGUGAAAUCCCAGUGUGUGAACCAAGGAGUUGGUCCCAGUCUGGGGAUGGCUCCUGUCUAUGUCCUCUAUCUCACAUACUCAAGAUGGCUUUUCUGUACCGUAGGUCUAUGAAUCUGAAGACUGUGACCUUCCUGCUGGUGAGCAUGAGUUUCUUAGCACUGUGCCUAUUUCUCCUCCAAGAACCGCGGUCCCAGCAGGAGGAGAAGGGGAAGAACUCCACUGAUGUUCCCAUGGCCAACACGCAGCCCUUGGCGCUGAAAUCCGGAACCCCGUGUGUGGCCAAUGCCUCAGUGAACAGCGUGGCCAACUUUGAGCAACUGCCAGCGAGGAUCCAAGACUUCCUGCUGUACAGACACUGCCGCCAGUUCCCACUGCUCUGGGAUGCCCCGUCCAAGUGCGUGGGCCGCCACGCCGUUUUCCUGCUCCUGGCAGUGAAGUCGUCUCCAGAGAAUUAUGAGCGCCGCGAGCUCAUCCGGCGCACGUGGGGCCAGGAGCGCAGCUAUCGCGGGCAACAGGUGCGUCGCCUCUUCCUGCUGGGCACCCCAGAGCCCCAGGUGGCAGCGCGCGCGCCGCAGCUGGCAGAGCUGGUGGGCCUGGAGGCGCGCGAACACGGCGACGUGCUGCAGUGGGCCUUCGUGGACACCUUCCUCAACCUCACGCUCAAGCACGUUCACCUACUAGACUGGCUGGCAGCACGCUGCCCGCGCGUGCGCUUCCUACUCAGUUGCGACGACGACGUCUUUGUGCACACCACCAACGUGCUCAGCUUUCUGGAGGCGCAGUCACCUGAUGGCCAUCUCUUCACUGGGCAGCUCAUGCGUGGCUCCGUGCCCAUCCGUGACAGCUGGAGCAAGUACUUUGUACCCCCACAGCUCUUCCCUGGGGAGGUCUACCCGGCGUACUGCAGCGGAGGUGGCUUCCUCCUAUCCAGCCAUACAGUUCAGGUUCUGCGCACAGCUGCGAACCACACACCUCUGUUCCCCAUUGACGACGCCUACGUGGGCAUGUGUCUGGAGCAGGCCCACCUGGAGCCCAGCAGCCACGAGGGCAUUCGGGUCUACGGAGUGCAGCUGCCUGGAGCCCAGAAGCCGUCCUUUGACCCCUGCUUGUACCGUGAGCUGCUGGUCGUGCACCGCUUUGCACCCUACGAGAUGUUGCUUAUGUGGAAGGCACUGCACAGCCCCACGCUGAGCUGUAGCCGAGGACACAGGAGCUCGUGAGGCCACAUGGGCUGGGCGGAGAAACAGCUUCAGUGCCCAAGCCACUGCUUGUUAUGUUUGCCUGGCUGAGAAUGUAUCUGCCCUGCACAGAUACAUUUUAUCCAACCGAGCUGCAUGCAUCUGCGCCUCAGUUGUGUGUUGAAAUCACCUUGGGGGAGGACUCUGGAAAACACUACAUCCUAGUCUAUUUUCUUGGUCUCAUCUUCAGCAGGUCUUACUGAUCUGGGGGGCCCCAGUUAUGUAGGCGAGAAUUUGUUCAUUUUGUUUUAAGUUUUUGUUAUUGUUGUUCCUCCAGUAAUUCUAUGUCCAGCUCAAUUUGAGGACCACUGAGUUAGGUAUGUCUACUCAUCCUGGCCAACCCAGCUUCCCAAGCCUUCCAGGUCAUAAUCCACUCACUUUAGGCAAUGGCACAAUCAAUGUUACCUAUCAAGUGAAGUACAGAUAUAACUUGUCAUCUCCACUCUGAACUACAAAUCAAAUCUGUGUCAAAAAAAUCCCAUAAAUCUAUUCUACAGUUAUGUUAUCCAACAUGGGUCUCAGUGACCUAAAGUCAAGGUGUUGUGAGACUGCGUUCCUUCCUGAGUAUACUGUAAGGGAGAAUCCAAUUCUUUGCUUUCUCCAACUUCAAGAGGUCCCCUUCCUCCAUCUUCCAGACCAGCAAUGCUGUAUUUCUCUGUGCCUCGUUUCUGUAGCCAAAUCUCUGUCCUAUUCUUCUAUCUUCUUUUACUCCUCUGACACCCAGUCCUGGGUAUCAAAUCCAGGUCUCAAACAUGCUGGAUGUAGCUCACUACUGAGCUGUAUCUCCAACCCUUUUUAUUGUUUUUUUUUUAAUUUGGAAACACAGUCUUAUUAAGGUAUCCAAACUACCCUCAAAUUUAACAAUCUUCCUUUCCAGUUUUUAGAAACCUUCUUACUACAUCAUCUUUAGGACUCACCUGGAUAAUCCAGGGUUAUCUUUUUUCUUUUUUCAAUAAAACAGGAUUUCUCAAAGUUUCUAAGUUGCCCAGGUUGGGCUAGAUUUUGCAGUUGUCCUGCCUUAACCUCCCAGAGUGUUGGGAUUACAAGCCUGUACUACCACAUCUGGGUAUAUUUUAAAUCCAGCUAAUGAGUAAUCUUUAUCUAUAAGUUUACCUUCCUUUCCCAUGUUACUUAACAUAUUCACAGGCUUAAGCGAUUGCAGUGUAGCCCUCUUUGGAGAGGCUAUUGUUUUGCCUAUUGCUGUGACCAACAAUUUCUUCCCAUUUCCCAGGCAGGCCAGAGGAUUGUUUACAUUUUAGUUAAAGAUCUUAAAGGUCAGAAACUUCACUGCUUGGUUGGAAAGCUGUAGUUAUGGAUCAGCUGUGUGACUCCAGGUUCUGUUCAGUCUUCGGAGCUCGGUUGUUCACAUGUAAAGGCUUAGGGAAGACUGCGUGGGCCACAAUACCCUGGCACCACGUGGUACCACCUGGCCCUCCACUUGCCUCCACUUCUUAGGCGGUAUGUCUCAGCCAACCCAGCCUGGCUCCUGCAGCCCAUGCGCCUUGCAGCCACCAGAGGGCGGCCACGGUAGGGCUGUGUAGUUGCUCUGAGUUCCCAGGGCUAGAAGUUGGUGAACGGGGCAGAGGCCUCGGAGUGAUGGUUUCAGGAUGCUUGGGAUAUUAGGGAGGUGAUGAGCAACAUAAGCUAUGAUUGCCCUCGUUAUACAUUUCUGGGGAGGACUAUCAGACCUUUUCUCCCCACACACACCCCUUGAAUCCUGUGGACAACAAGAAGCAGUCAGCCAGUAAGUGCUCUUUAUGAGGCAAGCAUGACUUUGAUACUCAAACAUCCCAAGAACGCCACAAGCUGUCAAACUGAUGCACCUGUCUCAUGAACAUAGAUGCAAAAAUCCUACAUAAAAACUCUAGCUUGGGAUACAGCUCAGUUGUAGAUUGCUUGCUGGCAUAUAUGAGGUCGUAGGUUCAGUCCCCAGUAACAAAGGAAGCGAUGGCUGAGUAGUAUUUUAAAAAGGGGAGCAGGGGAGGCAGCAGUUAGUAAAAAGGAGACUGUUUUAAGACAGAGAGGGGUUGUUUUGUUUUGUUUAUACUAGAAAUUAAACAAAGAGGAGUUUAUCCCAGAAAAUCCAUGGGUUUAACAUUAAGAAAAUUAUGCAUAGGCUGCAGGUGUAGUUCAUCAGUAUGGGGCUUAGCUACCAGGUCACAUGCCUGAGACCUGGGUCCCAUGCCCAAAACCACAAAAAAGGGAAAACAUCAAUCACAAGACAAAAAAGGGCCCGACAUGGUGGCUGGGCAUGGUGAUACAUCUCAGCAUUGGGGAACCUGGGACAGAAGGAUGGCAAAUUCGGGUCCAAGCUGAGCACUUUAGUGAGACCCUGUCUUAAAAAAAAAAAAAAGAAAAGAAAAAGAAAACUGGAAAUUCCAUCUAUGGUUCAUCAGAUCAAAGGAAAUAUGAACAUCUCAGAUGGAGGCAGUGAGGAAAUUCAACAUCUAUUGGUGAUUUGAAAGACAAACUUAGUAAGAGGUGAAAAUAUUUCCCUUCAGGUUAGGAACAGAAUGAGAUGUGCUCCUCAUCACUUUUAUUCAACAUUAUCCAGCACUGGAGAGCAUAAAAUGAAUGUACUAGCCACUCUUCCAUUGCCAGGUCAAAACACUUUAUCUCCACAAUUUAAAGAGAGUUUAAUUUGGCUCACGGUUUCAGAAGUUCUAGUCCAUGGCGAAGGGCUUCAAUACAGAAACAGUGUGGUGGAAAGACAUGAUGGAACAAAGCUGCUCACUUCAUGGCAGCAGGGAAGAAGGGAACAGGGGAAAAGCACUUGGUACCAGACAUACUUCCCAACGUCACACUUCCAUGAUCCACACAGAUAGACCCAGAAGUGCGCUUUACAACUGCUUAGUCAGCUCUCAAGCCAAUCAAGAUGGCAAUCAAGAUUGUCAUAAUGAGAAUACAAAAAUAUUAUUGGAAAUAAAGACAUAUUUUAAAACCUCAGAAGUUUACAGUCAUAUUAGAUCCAAAUUCUUGCUAUAAAAAUUAAUGUCAACCUUUAUAUCAUAAAAGGAAAUUCUCAGGUGAUGUACUCUGCUUGGACAUACAUACUUAUUUUUUGUUUCAAUUUUUUUUUCUCAGCACUGGAGAUUGAACUCAUACAUGACUUUUGUACACAUCCUCAGCCUUUUAUUCCUCUAGCCUUUUUUGUUUUUUGGGUUUUUUUGUUUGUUUGGUUGGUUGGUUGGUUGGUUUUUGUCUUUUUGAGACAGGGUCUCACUAUGCAGUUCUGGCUGGCCUUGGGUUCUCUUUGUAGCCCAGGCUCUUUCUCCAACUAGCAAUGAUCCUCCUACCUUAGCCUCUCGAGUUCUGGAAUUAUGCCCAGCUGGGGUUUUUUUGUUUGUUUGUUUGUUUGUUUGUUUGUUGUUUUUGAGACAGGAUCCUACUAAGUUGCUGAGUUGCCUUGGCUGGGCUCAAAGUCUCAGUCCUUCUGCUUGGGCUCAAACAAGCCUUUGCCUUCCAGAGUUCUGGGAUUACAAGUAUAUAUGCCACCACACACAGUUCACACAUUUUUAAAAAUCUAAUGCUUUUAUUGUCACAUAAAACAUAAAAAGAAAUACACAUACUAAAGUAAUAUGCAUUUUGAUAUAUAAAUUUAAGGGCACAAGAAACCUCUUACACAUUUCCAAAUCUUCCACAAGGGGACAGUAUACCUCCUUUAAGAACUAUUAAUCUACAUAGAAACCUCACCAGACACACACACACACACACACACACACACACACCUCUCUAUAGAUAAUUGGUUAAAUCAAUUAAGUAUCAAAUGUUCCAGCCGCAAAAAUCAAUGUAAAAAAAUCAACUUUUUUUCAGUACAUGGACUUGAACCCUUUACACUGAGCUAUACCCUAGCCCAUUUUUAAUUUUUUAUCUUGAGACAAGGUGUCACUAAAUUUCCAGGCUAAACUUCCCAGGCUGGGCUUGAACUUUUGAUCUCCCUGUCUCAGCCUCACAGAGUGCUGGAUUACAAGCUUGUGCCAACACAACUGACUCUAAAACAUUUAAACAGUAACCUUUCUCCUGCUCUGGAGACUGAGAUAGGAGAAUCGCUUAAGUCUAGAAUAGGAGUCCCAGGCCAGGCUGGGAAAUGUAACAAGACCCCCAUCUAUUUUUCAUUAGUAACAUGUUUACAGCGCACAAAGACUACGUUCAUUACAGGGAGUUGGCACAGGUAUGUAAUACAUCUUAAUUCAUAUUUAUUCCCCUAUGGCUCUAUUUUCUUCCUGCUCCUUUCAACUCUUGGUCCCCUUCCCAUUUACAAAAGUUCUUUUCAAUUUUCUUUAAUUCUUUUUUCCAUCCUCUUUCUCUGGCCUCCCUCCCCCUUCAUAUCUUGGCCCUCAACCAUUUGAAAAAGAUCUAUUAGUAGUUAUUUUCUCUCCCCACAUCCCUCAUGAGAUUAUGUUGGAUUCUGUCAAAGGCCUUUUCUGUGUCUACUGAGAUGAUCAUGUUAUUUUUGUCCUUGUUUCUGUUUAUGAUGUCAGUAGUAGGAGUCUUUUGGUAGAGAUUUGUGAGUGUUCUAUGUGGACAGUCAUUGAUCAGCAAAUAAUGAUAAUUUAACUUCUUCCUUCACUGCCAAGAUCCCUUUUAUUUCUUUAUCUUGUUAUAUUUCUCUAGCUAAUGUUCCAAGAACUAUAUUAAACAAAGUGACAAUAGUGGACAUUCUUGUCUUGUUCCUGAUUUUAGAGGGAAAGCUUUCAGCUUCUCUCCAUUUCGUAUGAUGUUGGCAGUUGUCAACAGAAAUGGCUUUUAUCAAGUUAAGAUAAAGACCUUCUGUUGCCAUUUUGUUCAAUGUUUUAUCAUGAAUGAUGACCAGCCACAGUGUAGUCUUCUAAGGGUGACACUGUCUUUUCACGUCAGUUGCAUCUGCUAGCCAUACUUAUAGUUGUAUUUUUUUCAUCUCAUGGAUUUCUGUUUGGAACAUUUUAUGUACUUCUGUUGGCUGAGUGUUCGUCUUUUGUGUUUAUUUCUUUAGCUCUACUAGGUUUUUAUUACUGGGGACCCCCACUUACUGAAGAUCCUCACAAAAGUUUCAGUCUCCCACUCAGUAAUGUGGUAAACAGCUGAAAAUGAAAACAAGAGAAAAUUGUGAAACAAAGGGCCUUUUUCCACAGCAGUUCUCAGCUUUUAUUGAAUAUACCAGGAACAGAGACAUGAGCUGAAUAUGGGCAGAUGGUCAUGGUUGAAUGCAUGGGAACAGUCACUUCUGGGACCAGCUAGUGCAAGAGGAACAAGGCAUUCCGGCAUCAACCACAAAACUACCAAACUUCCAUAGCAGCUUAAUGGAUAACUUACUAUGUUGCUAUAAGUAUCUUUUUACUGCUGAGAAAAAGACUUUGUUCUGAGUCUUAAUGCUUCCGUGCUGUCAUGAUUGCAUAUCUCAGUCGGGUCCACUUAUCGAUCUAUUAUGUGGACAUCAGUGGGAAGAGAUGCUGGCCUGCUUAUUAUCACUUUGCCUCCAUGGAACACAUCAGUACCUCACCUGGACUCCAGUUGCAUUCUCUAGACCAUUUAAAAAGAAACUUACCUGUGCACAGCUAGCAUUGCCUAUACUUCUAUACUUACCAUUUCAGGAUUUAUUAAGAAAAAAGAAAAAGGCUGUAGCAGGGGACUGCAGGCAUGGGUCUUCAACAGAGUGGUUUUCCACAAUUCCCCCUUUCCUUUUUAGACCUUGGAGUAGCUGAAGAAGACAGGUUGCAUGACAUCUCAACGUCACUUGGCAGCAAGUCCUCCAUGACAUGCUGUGAUCAUUAAAAAUAAUAAAAAGGAGAAUAAGAAAUCCUAUUCCAAUAUAAAACUAAAAAUGAGCCUUUGGAUAACUAAGGAUAUUAAAUUGUUCCAUAGCUACAACAAAUUUAUCCCAGUCCUUCAAUUGAAAAUCAAAAUUAGCAGCUUGUUGGGUAAGACCUCUCUCUGCAAAUUAGCUAUAUCCAUUGUAACGUUUUGCUGCAUAGCUCCUUCUGUAUUUUUUGUGUGUUUUCCCAAGGGUAUUGAAAUUUGCUGUGAGGUAAUAGAGUAAUAUAAAACUCGGAUACUAUAGAGUCAUUUAAAUCCUUGUUGCAAUUGCAAGCUUUCAAUUUAAUCCCCUUCCAUAAAACAAGUAGUUUCUAAUAUGCUUACUAGGGUUUGUAAUUUGAUAUCAAUUUCUUCCCGAAUUUGCCAACUGUUACCAGCAGUAUUAGUCCCAUUAGCUACAAAAUGGACUGUCUAUAUAGAAUGGACGAGCACCACUGAUCUUGUCACUGCCUUGGCAAUCAAGAGGACCAGAAAUACUGUUUCUGCUAUCAAAAAGACUAAUUCUUUUCAUCUUUUGAGUAACUCAUUUUAUGUGUUUGUAUAAGAAAAGAAGUAGAAGAAAGACAUCAGGGUUCAAUUAAAUUUACAGGGAGCUAUACUCUGAGCAUAUGCCCCAUAGUAAGAAUGAUUAGGUCAUCAAAAGGCUGCCGGUAUUAUCUCACAAAAUUGGAGAAAAAAAUCCUAAAAUUCAUCUGGAAUCAAAAAGACCUAAAAUAGCAAAGGCAAUCCUGGGCAACAAAGAUAAGAUGGGGGCAUCACAAUCCCUGACUUGAAAUUAUACUAUAAAGCUACUGUGAUAGCCAGGCAUGGUGGCACAUGCCUAUAAUCCCAGCAACUCGGCAGCUGAAGCAGGAGAAUCAUUGUGAGUUUGAGACCAGUCUGAGUUACAAAUUGAGCUCAAGCCCAGCCUGAACUGCAUAGUAAGAUCCUGUGUUUAAAAAAAACCAAAAUAAAUAAAGCUACCAUGAUUAAAACAGGAUGGAACUGGGGAGGGGGGGGAACCUAGACCCGAAGAUCAGUGGAACAGAUUAGAAGACGCAGAAACAACUUCAGACAUGCUAAACCAUCUUAUCUUUGACAAAAGUGCCAAACACAUUCACUGGAAGAAAGCCUCUUUAAUAAAUGGUACUGGAAAAACUGGUUCUACACAUGCCAAAGGUUAAAAUUGGAUCCAUAUCUUUCACCAUGUGCUAAGCUAGAAUUGGAAUGGAUCAAAGAUCUUAAUAUUAAAACAGACACAUUACAUCUGGUAGAAGAUUAAGUAAAACUCUCAAAGACAUAAGUGCAAGCAAACAUUUUAUGAACAAAGCCAAGAUUGCACAGACACUAUCACAAAGAACCAACAACUGGGACCUCAUUCUAUUGAAAAGCUUUUGCACAGCAAGAGAAACCACCAACAAAAUAAAGAGACAACACACAAAUGUGGGAGAAAAUGCUUGCCAGCUGUACCUCAGAUAAAGAAUUACUAUUGAGAAUUACUAUCAGAUAAAGAACUCAAAAAAUCAGUCCCCAUAUUUAAAGAUCCAAUCCACAAAAGUGAUCAAUCAACAAAGAACAAACCAAAUUUAUCUAGUUGAUGAUCAUUAAAAGGCUUUCUACAAAUUUCCGAAGGACCCAAAUUCCCUUCAUAAAAAUGUGGCGCAUAGGUGUCAGGUUUACAAGGGGGUAAAUCAGGUUGAAAGGAAGAUGUAUCAGUUCCGCUAAGUAGGGUAGAAAUAAGAGUGAGGAUUGUAAAUGUAUUUCCCAGAAUUUGGACCUUCCAAGUCUGUUCCAUAGCAACCAUACAGAGAUUAGGGAUAUCCUUUAUCUUGGUUACACACAGAGGAGGAUGAACAAAAUGAGAAGUCAGAUUUGUCAUCUUUUGAUGACAAUAUUGUACGUUGAGAGUAUUAAGGGUCAAUGCUCUCAACUUGAAAGAUUUCAGGGAGUCUAUCCAUCCAAGAAACUGGUCUAAAUAAAGGUACAUUGGGUAUAUAAACUCAAUAUUCUGCUCCCUGGAGUGGAGAAAUAUACUAUGGCAGGCAAAAUGACAAGCAAAGCAAUAAAGAUGUGAUCGGGGGUACAAAUCAAACCCUGAUGGUCCACCAGAUGGCACGCUUCAUGCAUGGUCUUAUCCAAAUCUCUCCAGGAGAGCAUGUGUAAGCUCUACUGCUCCACCAGAGGAUGUCAUCCUGACAGAUCUGGACAAGGGAGAUCUCAGCAUGGGACGGUGUGCAGGAGGAGGCAUCUCUGGUGCAGUGUUGAGGCUCCUUUGAGCCAGACAAUGUUGAAUUGGGGCCCGCAGUACUGUAGAGUUCCAGGAUCAAGAAAUUCUCAUUCUUCAUGGUUACCAAUGUACAUCUUCUAAAAAGCUCAUAAGUGGGGCUGUGUUAUGCUUUUCCUGGAGCCUUUUUUAAAACUCUCCAUUGUCACAUGCACCUGAAUGGCACCCAAAAUAUCUCUCCAUUGUCUGUAGAAAUAUAAGUGUACGCUUAUCCUCACCUUACUAAGGAUGCAGGAACAUUCCAGGCACCCAUCUGAGGGUUACAUCAGGCUAUGGGAGCACACAUUGUUGUGACUGAGGGAGAUGGAUCUAUCCAACAAAGAGUAGAUGGAUCUAUCCAACCCAGGGAGAGUUAGAUUCCAGAGCAAGAUUUUUAAAAAUUAAAACAUAAGUUGCCAAAUCUAACCAUAUCUGUGGCGAGAAUAAUAUUCUCCUUUUCUUUUGUUUUGUUAAUUGUUGUUUUAAUUUUAAAGAAGUUCUUUCUAUAAUAGCCUGUCCUUGAGGAUUAUAGGGAGUGCCUAUUAUGUUUUAUGUGCCAUUUAGUAAAACACAUAAGUAUAAGUAUUUAUUAGGAUUAAUCUGAAACACCUAACAGACAUGACUACAUUUCUCUUGUAAUUGUAACUCUUGGUUUGCCACCUCUCUAAAUGUCUUAGAGAACUUGAAUUUACAUCAUCUUGAAGGAUAUUAUAAAGAUUUUAUAAUUCAUAAGUUAAUAUCUCCAAGUAAUUUUUGAAAAUCAUUAAGAGUAUUCAGUUUAUUAGUCCUGAUUUUUAACUUAUGCGGACACAUUGCCCCCAUUGCCACAAGGGUUCCCAAUAUGUAUAAGGAGCAGUCAAAUGAAUUUUCUCAGAGGUAAUAUGUAAGCUAACUGAUAUAAGAUCUGUUUUCAUUUUGAUAAAUACUUGAAACAAAAGUUAUUUAGAGGGAGUAGCAAGCAAAUGUUGUCCGU